AUGACGCAACGAGAAAGAGAGAGAGAGAGAGAGAGAGAGAGAAGCGAAGGAAGAGACGGAGAGAAAUACCGAGUCUUCAACUCCGAGUUUACUGUCACGACAGAAAUUGACACCAUGCAACCAUCUAAAGCUCACGACAACAACAAGAAGAGAAAUCAGGAUCUUACUCAUUCAGCUUCACGCCAGAAACGCAAUGAGCACUUUCUCAAAGAACUGGCCGAAUUCAGAUACGGGGACACUGAAGAACAAAAAGAAAGAUACGAUAAAAUCGGAGAGAAAUUCACGUUCUGGAAAGCUCUCACAAACGAGCAAAAAAGACGUUGUGCCGUUGAUCACUCAGCCAAAAUGAGAUACAAGACAUGGAAUACAGAAAACGGCAUCACUAUUUCAGAAAAGGAAAAGCAGGAGUUUUUGAGGCAAAGAAAGCCUCUGGAUAAGAUUACACUCGAGGAAAAACUAGAUUGUCUCUUCUACGCCAAGAACAUCGAAAAGAGCCGUGUGCAUCUUAUCGAAAACCCCCUUGAAGCCGCAUUCUCGAAAUUUUCGACGAAUUUUGAACAAUUCGAUCGUGUCACUCGGGACGUUCCCGAAUCCGAUAUUUACAUCAAUGCUUGGUUCAAAAAGAGAGCAGCAGAGCUACACGAAAGAACGUCGGAAACAAGUGACGAGAUACAGAUAAUUGGGACGGUCUUGCAAACCCCCCUUGCUAAUGGAUUUUCAAGCAUCAACUCAACACUAUCAACAGCCAUGAUGCGUGAUGUGAUCCACCAAGCACAUCAUCCUCAAAUUGUAGUCCCCGAAAGAAGAGAACGACAAUAUUCGACCCUCAAAGCUAAAGUCCAAGCAAGAAGAAAAGAAGUCGACUCUGGACAGAAACCGUUAGAUUUGAAGAUUAUCGCAGCACACUUGGCAAAAAUUAAACAGAAAGCAAUGGCUGGAAAUGCAUCUGGAAACGUUCCAAGUACCGCGUCAUUAAUUAGUUCUACUGGAAAUGGUUCACAGCCCCACAAUGAUUCAACUAGAUCGAUAAUUGUGCUCGAGGAAGAGUUCCUAUCGGGGAACAACGGGUCGUCGUCAUCAAAUCAGAUUCCAUCAUUUUCCGGCCAAGUCGCUGUUAGAAAUCAACAGACCUCUUCACCCUCGGCACUCAACACCACUCGACAGGCCACAGAUGAAAGCCGCUCAGCAUCACAUAGUCAAAGAGCAGCCCCCAAGCCCCGGCUCCAUCAUCCCGAUUUGCGACAAAUGUGUAGCUCAUCGAGUAGAAUGGAGGAACCUGUUGAAAGAAACUCUUUGUUGUUGAAAAUUGUUGAAAAUACUAGUGCAGGAGGCAAUUUAUUGAUGAACAAUCAAAUUGGAAUCUAUAAUGACUUCCCACAAGGUUUCUUCUCUGUACCCGAUUACUCCCACUUAUCAGCACCAAGAAGAGACAAUCAGCCUUCAAACAGUGCAUGUUAUCCCAACUUGGAAGUUCCUCAGUCCUAUUUCUCCGGACCAGCAAAUCUCGGAUACAAUCUCCCUUCCAGCAGCUCUCAGGCAUCUACAUCUUCUCUGCCGAAUCCGAUCUCUUCAGACAAUAUGACACAUAAAGCGACACUAUCCAUUGCACCGCCGCCAAGAAUGAUGUCAUCGAUCAUGAACCAUUUGUCAACACAAAUGAAAAAGCGUGAGGAUGCUCCUGAAAGUGUUGGCCUUGAUUUCGGCCCGAUUCAAGUUAAGCUAAAGGCCCCAGGCAAAGAGCUGGAUGAGACAAUUGCAUUCCUUAAUAAUUUGAAAGCUCAGCUGGAGUCGGCGAAGCAAAGAGGAUCUUAUCAGCAGCUUUGA